CUCCUUUGUCGCGGUGGCCACCUCCCGCCAGCUGCUGCGGCUGUUCAGCCUGGCGGGCUGCCAGAGCGGCAUCACGCGGCUGGAGGGGCAGCCGGUGGCGCUGGUGGCGGCGGGGGGGAGUCUGGCGGUGGUGUGGCAUGCAGGUCCCCCCAACCCGCACACCAAGUCUCAGCAGCUGGCCAUGUCGCUGUACGACACCACCAGCAUGACGUGUGUGUUUUCCCAGCCGCUGCCGCUGACCCCUGGGUCGGUGCUCACCUGGGUGGGCUUCACGGAGGACCACGGACUGCCCGCGGUGGCGGACUCGGAGGGGGUGGUGGCGGUCAGGACCCCCGACCUGGGCGGUCGCUGGGUGCCGGUGUUCGAGCCGCCCGCCUCCAAGCGCCAGUCGGAGGUGCUGUGGCCCGUGGGUCUGUCCGCCUCGCAGCUCUUCGCGGUGGUGUGCACACCCGCGCAACCCAGACCGCAGGUGUCCCCCCGCCCCUUCUACACCCCCCUGCCGCUGGGCCCCCCGGUGGUGUCGCUGGACGGCGGCUCGGCUCCCGAGCUGGAGGGGCAGGCGCUGCUGCUGGGGCUGGGGAAUGCGGCGCUGAGGGCACGCCUGGAUGCCGCGGAGGCCUCGGGCCAGGUGGAGGCCUCCUCCGACCUGUCGCACCUGCUGCUGCGGGGGCAGGCGGAGCAGGACCGCGCACUGCUGCGGGCGCUGCAGCGGCUCAUCCGGGGCGAGCGGGCGGGCAGGGCGCUGGAGCUGGCGGCGCAGCUGAACCUGUACAAGAGCGUGGAGGGAGCCCUCACGCUGGCAAACCACCACCAGGCUCGCGGCCUAGCCGAGCGCAUCAGCGCACUGCUCGCCUCGCGUCAGGCCCUCAUGGAGGCCGCCGCACCACCCGCCUCGCAAGCAGCAGCAGCAGACGCCUAUCCGCAACAGCAGCAGCCCCAGCAGCAACCCCGCCAACACCGCUCCUGCACACCCAUCCCCUUUGGCAA